AUGAAAAUAAUAAUAAAAGUAACAGGUCCUUCUUCUUCCCUAAACACCCUAACCACACUAGUCGUAUUUUAGUUCCCAAAUCCCCAAAACGAAUUACAAUAAUUUAUCAGUUCUUCAAAAUUUGUUCGUCACAAUAGUUCACUGAGCCCUUUGAAACCUUUCACGACGGGUCUCAACCAUCUCGCCGGAAAAUCAUUGCCGGUAUCGCCGCUGCUGACGUCACACCAUCACCGAUCGAACUUCCACAGAUUUACGUGCAAAUUUGGCUUCUGUAUGAACUAGCUGCUCUUUGUUCUAAAUCGAGUUGACGCAGUCUGUGUGUUGCGUGGGAUGUUGAAAAUUAUCUGGCACUAUAACUACCUAAUGGAGCCAUCGACUGAAUACGUGGCGUUUGAAGAGAAGGUGAAGAAGACGAUUUACAUCGACAACUUAUCCCCGCAGGUUACGAAAGCCGUUUUAGAAAAUGCCAUCAAUCAGUUUGGGAAUGUGAAAGACGUUCAGUUCAUUCCCACGUAUUUCGCGUCUUGCGGUGUUUGUGCUGCUUUGGUGGAGAUGGAAUCAGCCAAACAGGCUGAAGAAAUCAUUUGUGAGAUGGGUGAUUCUCCCCUUAUGAUAUCCGGAAUGCCCAGGCCCGUGAGAGCCCAAAAAGCCCAAGUUGAAAUGUUCGAGGACCGGCCCAAGAAGCAUCAGAGAACGAUUGUGUGCCGUUGGAUGGAUCCAAGUCAUCGAAACUUUGAGCUGGCUAGGAAGAUUAAGGAUCUGACGAAGAAACAUGCUGCUGAGGUUCAAUAUAUAAUGAAGCUACAACUUGAAGAAGAAGAGAAGCUGCAUAAACAGCAAAGCGAGACGCUGAAAACAAACUACAAGAAGUAUGAGCUGAUUGAUGGUGUUCAAGCAGAUGGAAAUGUGAACCGUUUGAAAGCCGAAUAUGGGAUAACGCUCAACGACCACUGAUCUGAUGCUUGGCGUAGGUAGCUUCAUAGAGUUUUGUGCAAGUGAUGGUUUAAGAGAUAUUUUAGGCUGUUUAUAUUUGUGUAUGCCGUUAGUGUGGAGGUUUUGGGAUUGAUUUUUAUAUUAUCAUUGCAUUACUAAAAUCAUCACCAUGGGGUUUGAUGCACCCCUGUUAACAUACUUUGAUGCACCAUUGUAAUGCGGUUUGGUGGACUGUUGGUAAAUUUGUGCAUAGAACUUGAUUACAACAGCACACCACGUAUUGAUUACUGGUUGUAAUGAAUUAUAUGGCUCAUCUGUGCAAA